AUGGAUGAGGUGCCAAAUGCGCACGGUCCAGAAGCACUAACGCGCUGUAAAGAAAUCCAAAGAGAAUUCAGAAAUAACCAUCAACGCCUUGUUCGUCAUGGGAACAGUUCAGCCGCCGCUCAAAUUUUGGAUCCUGCUCGAGUUGAUGUAAAUGGUUGGGUUCCUCAGAUCUUCGUUAUGUUUGAAGGCUCAUUUGGUAUGCCCCCGGGAACUGUAGCUGUAGCGAUACCAAUUAUCAAAGAGAUGGACCCGCUCAUCGAGUAUUAUUGUGAAGGGCAGGUCGUUACGGUCGAUUGGAAAAUUGGUGCUAUGAUAUACAUGCAGGGAGAUUCUUCCUUGGCCUCAGAUGGAUGUGGAAAGACUGCCUUCAUAUUCUUUCUCUUUAAAAUGAAAUGA